AUGGACUUCGAAGACUUGAGCAGCAUAGAGUUCUUGGACUUGAGUGAUGUGGAUAUAAAUGAGCAAAAUCGAAUUAAAACAUCUUUGCAGCAGUAUGACCCUAGUGUACAAUUGCCUUGGAUUAAGCGCAAUAAAAAAGUACCUUCCAUAGGUCAACAUUCACAAAAUGAAGAAGAAUCAAUUGAAAACAUUGAUGACAUACUUAUAAACCCUCCAAUCCAUCACAACCCUUAUGUGCAACACACAGUAAUGUCUCCCACACUGUACUACAACCAUCAACAGCCCCAAGUUGUAGUCCAACCAAUCCUAACUUAUUCACAUCAUCCAACAAAUGUGGUCUAUUAUGCCAACCCAGGAGCCCCCAUGUCUCCUCCUUACCCACAUGUUUUUGUACCACACCAAACAAACACUUAUCCUUAUCCUACUGUACCAUCUCAACUUGCCCCUGUUGAAAAUUUUGAUGUUGAAACCCAGCCAAAUGGGGACAUUGAUACUCGAGUUGAUACUGUAAAUAUUAACACAGUAGUUGUUGAAAAUGAAGCUCCUACCCCUGCAACAAAUUCUGAUGUGGUUCCAAAUGGUGAAUCUAACAUUAGUAAUGUCAGUAGUCCUGCUCCAGCAAAUAAGUCUUGGGCUAGCCUUUUUAAUUCCAGUAAGUCAAAUAGUGUGCCUGUUUCUCCUGCAAAUGGAAGUGCACAUAAUUAUUCAGACCCGGCUGUGAAUAAUGAAUCCAAUAAUAAUGUGUCACUAUGUCCAAUCAAGCAUCCCAGAAGAUCACAGCAAUUUGUUGAUCCAGAUUGCUACAGAAUGGGAGAAUAUUUAACUCUGUAUAACUUGGAGGGGAAAUCUCUGAGUUUACAACCAAGGGGUUUGCUGAAUCAGAGCAACUACUGUUAUAUUAACUCAAUAUUACAAGCACUGAUUGCUUGUCCACCAUUGUUCAAUCUUUUAUCUGGUCUUGCUAAGAAUAUUUCCUCAAAUGAGAAAAGGAAGCCCACUCCUGUCAUUGAUGGCAUGUGUCGAUUAGUCAAAGAAUUCAAACAUCUGCCGCCUGCUGCGAAACCUGAAGACAGACGUUCGUUCGACAAGAACAACAAGAAAGACGCAGGCGUGAUGAUCAACACCGACUUACCCUUUGAACCGACGUGGAUCUACAAAAUGCUGAACGGCCUCCGGACGGACUUGAUCGAGGGCAGACAAGAGGACGCCGAAGAGUUCCUCGGGUUCUUGUUGAACGGUCUCAACGACGAGAUGCUCGAGCUCAUGAAGUUGGUAAAAAACGAUACCGACGACCCCCAAAUCAAUCAUGCAGAAAUCGACGCUGAUGACGAGUGGCAGGUUAUGGGUUCGAAAAAUAAAGGUAGCGUCACAAGGAGGACGGACUUCGAGAAAACCCCGAUUCGUGAUAUUUUUGGCGGGCUUCUGAGAUCCAAAAUCGUUCGAUCCGGUGAUCUCUCCACGGAGAAUAUCCAACCGUUUUUAACUUUGCAGCUUAAUAUCGAAAAAGCGAAAACUGUGAGGGAGGCCCUCGAGGCCCUAGUGAACAAGAACCAGCUGGAAGGGCUGACUUCUUCCAAGACCAACGAGCAAGUCGAAGCUUGGCAGCAAGUGAUGCUCGACGAGUUGCCAGUAAUUCUCAUCUUGCACCUGAAGUGCUUCGAUUUCCAGCACGACGGGUGCACGAAAAUCAUCAAGGCUCUGGAGGUUCCCGUCGACCUCAAAAUCGAUUCCAAGUUGAUAUCGUCAUCGAAGACGCAAACCCCCAAAGAACGGCAAUACAAGUUGUUCGCUGUGGUGUACCACGACGGCAAAGAGGCCACCAAAGGGCACUACAUCACCGACGCCUUCCACGUCGGCUACGGCUGCUGGCUGCGCUACGACGACGCCUCCGUCAAGACGGUGCUGGAAGAACAGGUUCUAAGGCCGCAGGGUACUCGAGUACCCUACUUGUUAUUCUAUAGGCGCGGAGAUACCAUCAGGAGUAAAUGA